UGUGCUUGGAAUGAAGACACUGCCUGCCAUGCUUGGGACUCUUGGGUUAUUUAGGGAAUUCUUCAUCCUCCAUCUGAGCCUCUGGAGCAUCUCUUGUAAGGAACCUACUAAGAAGAUUGGUGAUGAGUGUAAAGUGCAACUUAAAAUUAAAAGGAAUUCCGAACACUCUGCCUGGACAGGAGAGUUAUUUAAAAUCGAAUGUCCUGUGAUAUACUGUGAUCAGAGACCUAAUGUGACUUGGUGCAAGCACAGAGGAACAAGGUGUUUACCCCUUGAAGUUGGACCUAAGCUACACACUAGUUGGGAAGAAAAUCACAAGAAUUCAGUUUUCGUUCUCCAUUUUGAACCAAUACAUCUCAGUGAUGAUGGCAUGUAUAGUUGUUCUACAGACGUAAAUUCUGAAGUUGUUAAUAGCCACGCAGUAACCAUCCAUGUGACAGAAAGGCAUCAAAACUGUUCAGAACACCCACUAAUAACAGUACCUGACAUCACAGAUGCCACCAAUGCUUCAGGACCAUUCCACAUGGAAGAAAGGCCAGGCAGGACCUGGCUGUUUUAUACCUUGCUUACUUUGGGGGCAUUGCUUCUGCUCCUUGCCUGUGUCUGCCUGCUCUGCUUUCUGAAAAGGAUCCAAGGGAAAGAAAAGAAGCCUUCUGACUUAGCAGGAAGGGAAACUAAUUUGGUUGAUAUUCCAGUGAGUUCCAGGCCAAAUUACCAAGAACUACCAACAGAAACUAGAAUUUAUGAUAAUGAUCCCUGGUCCAGUAUGCAGGAAGAAUCUGAAUCAACAAUUAGCUCACAAUUGGAGAGAAACAAACAGGGCAUUGUUUAUGCUUCUCUGAACCAUUCUGUUAUUGGAAGGAACCCAAGACAGGCAAGCAGCAUGCAGGAGGCACCCACAGAAUAUGCAUCCAUUUGUGUGAGGAGUUAAACUUCCCACUGAGCCAGGUGGCAGACACUGCAUGACCACAUGUCAAUACCUUGGUCUGAACCGUCAAUGUCAAAUAACCUUCAACUUGGGAAUUUUCAAUUAAGAUGCUUUGUCCUGGUGCUGUAUCUUAAAGGUCCAUAAAAUAUUUACUCCAAAUUUCUCCUGAAAACUUUGGGAGAGUUUUGUACAAGAGCCUUGAACAACAGACUCUUCCCUGGGAAAACUCAUAUUACAAAUAGCUGAAUAAUAGGACAUUUCAAAUUUACCAUGUCAUACCCAAUGUUUUUCAAUAUUUUCUUUGGAACUACUAAAGAGACUUACAGGGAAGAAAGAAGCUUAUUAUUUGGAUCUGCUCACUACACAUUCUAGAAAAAGAAUGGCCCAAUUUGACUAACUAAUCAUAAAUACAGUAAUGAUUGUAUGUUCUCAGUCAGUCAUGAUAAGACAAUUUCUCAUGUCAAUCUAUAGAUAAUGCUUUAUUAUUAUUUUUAAUGUAAAGGAAACUUAUCUUGGACUCAAUUCAGAAAAAGAUUGGAAAGGGUAAUUAGUACAGUACAGAUACAGAAUAUGCCAAAUAGAUGUGGGGCCAAUAUUCAUUAUUCCCACCAAUGAGAUGUUCAUCUUCACCUGGCUUGCUUGAGAAAGGAAGGUCGUUAAGGAGUCAUCAAUGUAUAGUGAGUGUAUUUGUAAUUGAAAUGGUAGUGUUUGGAUCAAGUAGAAUAAUGCCCAUGAAUGUAAUUAACACUGCUGAACUAAUAUAUACAUAUGGGCCUAUGAACAAGAGUCCAUGGGAAUAGAUAUUAUCAAUCCAGGUUGAACUUUUAACCCACCUUUUGCUUUACCUGAGAGCAAACUCAAAGGGCAAUUGAUGAAAGGAGAGUCUUGAAGAAUGAGUUGAUCAGUAGGGGCUGGCAUACAUUCAUGAACAUCUGUUUUUUGAUUCUUGUGAAGUGAGUCUUCAUGAUGCAUCUGUAAUGAAGUAUGGCAAACAAAGAUCACUCAGGUUUAAAUUCUGAUGUUGCAGCUGCUCAGGAAGAUGAUUGAGAUUUUCAGGUGUUCUGAAUUUCCAGAUUGAGUCUAAUUACUUAAAAGUAGCUCAUAAUUUUAUUCAUCAGCUUGAGGCUUGAGUUCUCAGACCUUGAAACUGAAUAAUGUCAUAGUCUUAGUAUACAGUGGAUUGGGCAUGAGUUAGAAUCCACUGGAGCAAACACAUGAACUGUUGAAUGAGUGAAUGUGGCCUAUAUAAUUGCGUGCACAUAUGUGGGGGUGCCUGUGCAUCUGAGUGCUAGCAUGCAAAUGCAAGGUGUGACGUCCGGAAAUGAGACAAGAGAAACCAGUCCUAUUGCCGCUCUAUUUUUAGUUUGCUUAGAAGGUGCAAAGUACUAGAGAAAAUUAGUUAUUUAUAGAAAACAACAGGUGAAGUGGUGAGAAUAGGAGCUGAGAAUGUAUCUACAAACAGUGAACGAAGAGGCCUUGCUACACAGCUUUUUUUUCACCUGCUGUUCACCUCAGGUUUCAGUUCCCUGAAUUUGGGACAACGGACAGUGUUUUCAGAUACUGUUGCAACCAAUUCUAGUUAAGCGUGUUCAGGCAGGAACCUUUGUGGGAAUUUAUGCAAAAAAGAUCUUAGAAUAGCAGCUCAUCUUCAAAAUAGAAACAGGAAGUAUGGGAGGGGGAUGAGUACUGCUCUCUGUCCUUCUUAUCAGAUCUACAGGCAACUUAAGCAACUCUUUCAGAGUUGUCUCCGGCUUUAAAAACAAAAUAUUUCUGACUAUUCUGUUUAAAACAAUCUUUGAAAAACUUUGUGUGUGCAUGCAUAUUUGGGUAUGCACGUAUGUGUGUGUGUGUAUGGUAUAUGUGUGUGGUGUGUGCACACGUGUGUGCAGGAGCCCCAAGAGAAAGCCAGGUGCCAUUUUCUGUUGCUCUCCACUUUAUUCUGUUAAGGGAAGGUCUCUCAUUGAACCUGGAGUUAGGCUAGCAGGGAUCAAGCCAGUGAUGGAUCCUCCCGUUCCUGCUUCCCACAUUGCUAGGGCUAUCUUUGCUCUUGCCCAGCUCUUUACAAGGAUGUAGAGAAUCCAAACUCAGGUCCCCAUGCUUGUCCAGCAAGCACUCUUAUUUGCUAAGCAUGUUCUUAAUAUUUUUUACAAUGAAAGACACUGCUCGGGAUUUCACCUCAAUGAAUGACCUUGUUUGUCAAUCACAUAUCAUUUAUGCUCUUAUUCCUACUUAGUAAAUAUGUAUAUAUCUUCAAAUAAAUUUGUUCCAGUGUUAUUUCAUGUUUACUUAA